GACGUCUUAUAUCUUUUCCAAACAUUUGAACAUACUUAUACGUGGAUCGAACAAAAGGGAAUGUCGCCGAGUUUCCAGUGAGUGAUGCCAUCAGAAAGCACUGGGCAAGUCUCGUCUCUGGGCCGUCAUUUCAACCCCCGGAACCUUAGGAACGCGACACUAAUUCUACCACGGACUGGAGAACGUGUUAGACGUGCCUUUUCGUUGCCUACCUUAGGAGACGAUGCUCACGAGGAAUCUGGUUCGUCAGAGGAGCGUGAGGGGUUGCUAGGUGCAGAUCCUGACGCGCGACCCUCAACACCUGAAUUCAAUGCCCUACUAAACCCUCUCUACCGCUGGCGGGAUCGAUCGGUUGAUUUUUGGGCUUCAAACCUAGGACAGGGAAUCUUCAAAUGUUCCAUAGCCUAUCUUCUUGGAUCUCUUGCUACUUUCUUGCCCUUCAUCUCGGCAUUCCUCGGAAAGCAGGACGGCAAGCAUGUUGUCGCGACUGUCACGGUGUACUUUCACCCUUCGAGGACAGUAGGGAGUAUGAUUGAAGCCGUUGGUAUCGCUCUGAUUGCCUUUGUGUAUGCAGCGUUCGUAUCUUUUACCAGCAUGGCUAUCAGCAUGGCUCUGGGCAAACGGGACCUUCUGGUUCUUGGUCAUGCUAUCGUUCUGGUGGUAUUUUGUGCUGGUGGACUGGGUUUCAUCGGUUGGCUCAAACAGCGACUUGGUCACCCGACUGUCAAUGUUGGAUGCAGUCUUGCCUCACUGGCCAUCAUUACCAUCUUGACCAAGGAAGGAUCUAUUCAAGCUGCCAAAUUUUCCGAAGACAAAGUUUUCCAAGUCUUGCGGAUGGUUCUGCUUGGUAUGGCAGCCACCACGGCAGUCAAUCUGCUUGUCAAACCACGAUACGCCAAGAAAGAGCUACACCGCGACCUUGUCAAGACUACAGACUUACUUGGGGCCAAGCUCAUCGCCAUCACGCGAGCUUUCCUUACAGGCUCCGAAACGGAGAUGCAAGGUGCAGCAUACAGGCAAGUCGACAAGGACUGCAAGGCCAGUGAAUUGUCAAUGAAGAAGAACCUGGUUGAAGCGAAAUACGAGCAUUACAUGUUGGGCAGGGAAAAAGAAUAUCGUCUCGAGGUCAAGCUUGUCAAAUGUCUGCAAGGAUUAUCCCAGAGCAUUGGCGGUCUCUACAGUGCGGCAAGCACGCAAUUUGCGCUCAUCAAAUCAUCACCACACAUCAACAGGUCGGCAUCCAUGUCUUCCUCUUUUCUCGGUGGCUCUCAGCUUGUGAGCGAACCGGGCGAAAUUCGAGGGACUUUGACACCUAUUAGCGAAGCUCCUGAGUCGCCAGCUGAUCAGCCUAUACCGUUUAGUCCCAUGGCCUCAAGCUUCACCAGUAACUUCACAGAUAAACGACCUUCAUUGUCGCCCUCUGAAAUGUUUACGACAUUCAUAACGCAACUAGGACCGCCGAUGAAGUCGCUGGCUUUUACUCUCAAAUCUAUCCUGGAUGAGCUGCCCUUUCAACCCGGUACAGACGAUGUGAUCGCGGUCAAUGUUAACUUCCGAUCAAGUCUUGCUCAAGCAAUUGACUUGUUUAAUAAUACUAGAAAAGGAGCCUUGUCAACGCUAUAUCGUAACAAGGAAAUUACGAACGCAAAAUCCCUCGAGCGUGUGGCUGACCUGGAAGAAGUUGCAGCUAGCUGUGGACAUUAUGCUGCCGCGAUGGUCGAUUUUGCCGAAGACACUCUCGAGUAUCUUGAAAUUCUGGAAGAACUAAAGGAAGAAAUCGAACAAGAAGAUCGAACACGUUCCUGGACUUGGAUGGCCUUUUGGAGAAGGAAUGAUUCCGACAAGACUGCUGCAGUGGAAGCCGGCCUGUCAUUGAUUCACGAGCCUGACGAGGCUUUGACAACUGACAUUCUCAAGCCCAUCUUACAAGCGGAUACAUUUGCGAGAGCAGGUCUCAACAUCAAGGAACCACUGACACAUCAGGUUUAUCGCAUGUUCAAGUUUAUUCGACGAGACGACAUCAGAUUUGCGAUAAAGGUUGGUGUGGGAGCAGCUCUCUUUGCAUUGCCAUCAUUCAUGGUAUGGUCACGACCGUUCUACCAACAUUGGCGCGGAGAGUGGGGUCUUGUCUCUUAUAUGGUUGUGUGCUCUAUGACCAUCGGAGCUUCCAACACGACGGGUGUUGAGCGAUUCCUCGGCACAGCCAUGGGCGCAAUACUGGCAAUUAUGGCUUGGAUCAUCUCGGACGACAGUCCUUGGCUCCUCGGGUUCUUCGGCUGGCUAAUGUCGCUUGGCUGCUUCUACAUCAUCCUGGUUCAAGGCAAAGGACCUAUGGGCCGUUUCAUCCUUCUCACCUACAACCUUUCCGCUCUCUACGCAUACUCGCUGUCUGUCAAGGACAAUGAUGACGACGAUGAUGAAGGAGGUAUCAAUCCUGAGAUUUGGGAGAUUGUGCUUCAUCGCUUCGUAGCAGUCAUCGCAGGCUGUCUCUGGGGCAUCGUGGUGACCAGAGUGAUCUGGCCCAUCUCUGCCCGUCGCAAGCUCAAGAAUGGCAUCUGCUUACUUUGGCUUCGUAUGUCGCUGAUCUGGCGCAGAGACCCGCUGGCCAUGUUCCUCCUCGGCGAGCCCGUCUCGACAUACAUGGAUAUUCGUGAAGAAUCCGAGCUCCAAACUUUCCUUGCGCAAUUGGAAGCUCUCCGCAAAGCUGCUGCUUCUGAGUUUGAAUUUCGAGCUCCGUUCCCUGACAAGAUUUUCGGCAAGAUAUUGGAAAGAACGAAGCGCAUGUUGGACAACUUCCACGCCAUGAAUAUGGUGAUAGCCAAAGACCUCAAGGCGAGCCCUGGAGAGGCUGAGGUAUUGAGAUACACCAGAGCCGAACGAUUUGCUUUGUCUGCGAGAAUCAGUCAUUUAUUCUCUGUGCUAGCCAGUUCGGUCAAGCUUGAAUAUCCGCUCAACGAUGUGUUGCCCAACAUCGAUCACACCAGAGACAGACUGCUGGCGAAGAUCUUUGAGUUCAGAAGGGACAGUGACAAGGCUUCUUUGGCGACUGAGGAGGACUAUGAGUUGCUGUAUGCGUAUGGUAAGUUUGAUCUAUAAUCACCCUCAUGACUUCGUUUUGCUAAUUUGGACUGUAGCGCUCGUGACUGGAUCCCUGGCACAGGAAAUCAUGGGUGUCAGUGCAGAUUUGGA